CAACUCUAAAUAUAACCCGUUCAAUUUAAAAGAGACGUUUGCCCUAAAGAUUCCUUUUACAGAUUCUACCAAGAUUGUAGGAAUAUAGAAACUUAUGAAAUUAGCACAGUUAUAUUUUAUUUUCGGUGAUUGCGAAACUGUCAAAGUGGAGUAAUAAAUUACUCCUGUUGUGAUUUUACUUCGUUUUAUUUUUUGAUAAAAGAAAUCCAUAUAAAUCUAUUUAGAUAUCCUUAUCAGACGUUCUGAUAAAUAUUGACACAGGACAAUCUUAUUUCUAUAAUUGUUAUCAGUGAAGUGUUAAAAUGGAAGACAUAUUUCAGUGGUGUAGGGAAGGAAAUGCUUUACAGGUGCGGGUUUGGCUUGAUGAUACAGAACAUGACAUGAACCAAGGAGAUGAUCAUGGAUUCAGUCCAUUGCAUUGGGCCUGCAAGGAAGGUCACAUCAAGAUUGUGGAGAUGCUUAUUCGCCGUGGAGCUCGGAUCAAUGUUACCAAUAUGGGAGAUGAUACACCCCUACAUCUAGCUGCAGCACAUGGCCACCGACCUAUUGUGCAACUGUUGUUACAAAACCGUGUGGAUGUGAACUUUACGAAUGAGCAUGGUAACUCACCGCUGCAUUAUGCAUGCUUUUGGGGUUACAAUGCGAUUGCUGAGGACUUGGUGCUUGCUGGAGCGCUUGUCUCUCUUGCUAAUAAAGAUGGGGACACGCCCCUUGAGAAGACUCGAGGACAACUGGUCCAGAGAUUGCAUGAAAUGGCAGUUCAGCAUGGCCAGGAUCUGAAGAAGAUCCAGUUCAAGGAUCAGUCGUGGCUGGGCUUGAAGACCAGGAGUCGUGACGCGACACUCUCGCGACAUAAAGGCAUCAAUAUUAAUGAGUUGGCACUUCAUACGAGAAUUGCUGUUACACCUUCGGGGGAGACGUGGCGCGGCCGUUGGCAGAAGAACGACAUCGUGGCGAAGAUAAUCGCGGUGCGCGAGUGCUCCCCGCGCGUGCAGCGAGACUUCAACGAGGAGUUCCCCAAGCUGCGCAUCUUCUCACACCCCAACAUACUGCCCGUUGUGGGUUGUUGCGUGUCUCCGCCAUCGCUGGUGGUGAUAUCGCAGCACAUGUCGUGGGGCUCGCUGUACAGCCUGCUGCAUGGGGGCGGGGGCGGGGGCGGCGGGGGCGGGCGGGGCGGGGUGGUGGUGGACGCGGGCGCGGCGCUGCGCCUGGCGCGCGACGCCGCCGCCGGCAUGGCCUAUCUGCACUCGCUGCAGAGAGACCGCGCUCUGCCCACCUACCAUCUUAACAGUCGUCAUGUUAUGAUAGACGAGGACCUGACGGCCCGCAUCAACAUGGCGGACUCGAAGUUCUCGUUCCAGGAGCGCGGGCGCGUGUACUCGCCGGCGUGGAUGUCGCCCGAGGCGCUGCUGAAGCCCGCCGCCAAGCGCAACUGGGAGGCCGCCGACAUGUGGAGCUUCGCCGUGCUGCUGUGGGAGCUCGCCACCAGGGAGGUACCAUUUGCGGAUUUAUCGCCUAUGGAGUGCGGUAUGAAGAUAGCUCUGGAAGGUCUGCGCGUUAGUAUCCCGCCCGGCGUGUCGCCGCACAUCGCCAAGUUGAUCAAUAUUUGUAUGAACGAGGACCCCGGCAAGCGGCCCUCCUUCGAUAUGGUGCUGCCCAUACUCGAGAAGAUGAAACGAUAAAAAAAA